CAUGGCCAUUACUGCAUGCUCUAACCUACACUUAGACGGGGCUGAUUCAUAAACGAGAGUGGUUUUAUGUCAGUCUCGAAGCAUUGUUUGCUCGUCGAGGAAUGCUUCAUUAAAUUUUGCAAUUUUAUUCUCGCUAUUCUGACAUUCAGCCGAGAUGAACUUAUACGAGUAUUUAGUAAAUAUGACAAGGUCAUCUUACGACUUGUCGAUAGUAAAAAGUUCCGAAUUAUUGAGCGCAUAACUAAAUCUGUUCAUAUUCUCGACAUUGUGUCAUCGAAUAGUGUCUGCAUUGCGCUUGUUGACUCAUACGCUCAUUGUACAUUCCAAACGUCUAAUUCAUCUCGCUAUGGUACAGAGCGACUAGUCGAUGCAACUUGACAUCCGAAAUCACCAUGAUCGUAUCUCUCUUGUUCUUCUACGGUAUUUACUCGGCGUGUGCUCAGAAGUACGAAGGUUGUUUCCGCAGCUCUGUUGCGGAUCCCGAGUUGCUCUCCCCAGUCUUUGGAUAUCCGAGUAUACCUGCCGAUUGUAUCCGAAAAUGUCGUUCUCUAUAUUACAUAAUGCUCUCGUUUAACAGGUUUGCAGGAUUAAUGAAUGGACAACAGUGUUACUGCAUCAGCAGCUUUGGCAGAAACGGCCUGUCAAGCAACUGCGAUCCUUGCCAAAAUGAUACUAGUAUUAGUAGUGGUACUGGUAAUUACUGCGGCAGUCAUGACGCUAUAAGUGUCUACUCCACUGGUCAGCAAGGACCAAGUCCACCGAGGAGAAUAUACGUAAUUCGCGAUGGUAUAGACGCUCUUAUUAUAACGUGGGAGCCACCCAAUAUACCCAAUGGCAAUGUCAACUCGUAUACUCUCCGUGCUAUCGCCGUAGAAACACACGCGAGUAACAUUUUACCGCCUGUCGAGAAUCAGGUUCAAGGAGGAGCAUCCAACAGUACAACUCUAAAGGGUCUUCAACCUGGCACCAAGUAUAAUAUAUCGGUCAUCGCAAGCAAUAUGCAGGGACUCAGCGACGCGACAUACGUUGUAGAAUGGACUGCGAUAGGUCCACCUGAUAAACCAGCCAUGCCUAAAAUUGUGGAACGCGAUGGUAGUACUGUAACGGUCGUUUUUACCGAGGGUCACAGCGAAUGCGGACCGAUCAGCACGUAUCAAGUUGUGGUUGUUCAAGCUGGCGCCAUACCUCCGAUCGGCGCCGACGUCGAAUACUUGAACUACAAGAACGCAUUGGAGCAGGGUUUUAAUUAUUAUGUUACCGCACAGUUCGACCCGUCGGAUUUUCACAGAUACCAGAGAUUCAUCGUAGGCGAUGGGAAACUCAUCGGGGGUUACUACAACGCUCCGUUAAAGGAUAAUUUCGUCUCCGCGCAAAUCGGAUUGGCGGUGAUCUCGCGAUUGCAGGCGGAAAUGCAGCGCGCUUAUUCUGAUCUAGCCAAUAACGCGUUCAGUCACGUAGCGAAUCAAAUGGAUUCGACGGCUCUCGUGCUUUGUAUAGCGAUCACGAUCGUGAGUAUACUGCUCGCCGCUUCGAUACUACUGUAUUUCGUAUUACGACGGCGACACGAGAGAUUCCAUAUGCGAAAGCUGCCAGAACAGCAGGAGCUUACGUUGCAAGGUCCAGUAUACGAGGUGGAUAACAUUGGCUACAUUCCGGACGACAUUCCCGAAAGAGUGAAUCAUUAUCAGGAACUAAAGAAAAAAGUCUGGAGUAUACCACGAAGUUCUCUGACCAUCGACAACUUCGUCGUACGUAGAGGACGAUUCGGUACCGUUCACACAGGAACUGUCUCGAGGAAUGACGAAUCUCACUUGGUAACGGUCCAUACUAUAGCCGAUGGCGCGUUAAGAGGAUCUGAGAAAAGACACAUGUUACGAGAAUUAGACGUGUGCAUCCGAGCUGGUACCAUGAAGUAUCUCGCUAGCCUGGUGGGUACCUGUGAAAUUCCCGACACGCUGUACGUCGUGUACGAAUUGCCGCCGCAGAUCUUGAAGAAUUGCUUGUUGGGCGCGCGAUGUGGUAAUACAUUCCCGGUGGAUCAAAUAUUAUCAAUCUCAUCCUCAAUCGCGGCCGCCUUGCAGUAUUUGGAGAGUCACAAAAUUGUCCACACUCACCUUUGCGCACGAAGCGUGGGUCUGUCCAACGAUUGGACACCUAAGCUUAUGGGUCACGGUAUCGCCAAAUAUGGCUUGGAAGACAUGAAAUAUGCCAGAUGGAUGGCCAUCGAGUGUUUCGACAACCAGAAGAAGCACCAGCCGGGCGUGAUCUGGGCGUUCGGAGUACUUUUAUGGGAGAUGUUCAGUAUGGGUGGUACACCAUAUUCGAAUUUGACGCUUGACAGUGAAGUGGAGGACGCAAUCGCGCGAGGUGUUCGAUUGUCGCAAUUGUUGGAUAUCCCGGACCCAAUCUACGAGGUCAUGUCGUCCUGCUGGCGGAACGAUCCUGAAGAACGACCGACAUUCGAUGAACUUACGCGAUUGGAUACUUUGAGUAUUUGUCCCAUCACCGCAAUCACAGAACCGUAUGUACCGGAAUUGGAGCUAAAUUAACAUACUUAUUAACAUGUACAUUGUAAGUAUAUCCGCAUUUGAUGAAUAACGCAGCCUCAAUUUCAAAAGUUUGUAAAUAUCGCACAGUGUUCACACAGAAAGCUCCUAAAUUUAAGAGAUAAUAUGCAUUUAUCGUUACCAAUGUAUAUAGAUUUCUAGUGGCAUAUCUACAUUUUAUCUGAUAAUAUUAAACUCAAGUUUCACCAUAGCCUAAGUAAUGUACGAUAAUACUACAGAAACAUCUGUACAAUUUCCGUCCAUAUUUAGCAGCAAGUAGCUGAAAUUAACGAUUAAUAAUAAACAGGUAAGAAAGUUAAGAAAAAGUCAUAUUAUAAUUGAUACAUAUGUGCAUGAAGCGCGACAAGCGUUAUUAAAUACUAUAGAAAAUAGACUUUUUUUAUUCUAGACAUUUUUAUACAUUUCUUUUUUUUUAAUACAUAAAAUAUUACACUUAGCUUAUCUAGAUAAUCUUUGCUCUCUCUCUCUCUCUUUCUCUCUCUGUCCCCUUCUCCUUCUCUCCCUCUCUC